AUGGCACAAUCAAAAUAUCAGAGAAAGGCCAAAUCGGCGGGAUCAUCCUUAGAAAUGGCACAAUUUUUAAAUGCUGGGGCCAAUAAGAUUAAGAAGAGAAUAAGAGAUCUAGAAAGAUUAUUAUCCAAAAAGAAGGACAUUUUACCACAUACAGUCAUUAUAGAGAAGGAAAGAAUCCUUCAGGCUCUUAGAUUAGAAUUAGAAAGCGCUGUUUUGAAACAGAAAGCUAAAAAAAAUGCUAGUAAAUAUCAUAUGGUCAGAUUCUUUGAAAGAAAAAAGGCAAUGAGGAAGUAUUCACAAAGUUUGAAAAAAUUAGAAAAGGAGCCAAAUGAAGAGAAUAAAAAAGAUUUGCUGGAGAGAAAAAUUGAUUUAUGUUACGUUGUAAAUUUCCCAAAAAUUGAGAAAUAUAUUGCUCUAUAUCCAACUAAUACCGACGUAGAAUCCAAGGAAGCCAAAAAGACUGCUCUUAAGAGACAAACUUUCCGUGAAUUAGUGGCUACACAACUGAAAGAAGGUACUCUACCAGUGUCUUUCGAAGAUAUCUUAAAGGGUAAGAAAUUGAACAAAGAAGGAACUGGUAUCGACCUUUCACAUGACUCUUCUGAAACUACAAACGAUUAUUCCGGAAACAAUAACGAAGAAGAAGCAGAAGAAGAGGACGAUGAUUUCUUUGAGUAG